CGAGCCGAUGAUUUUCAAUUUUUCAGAGCAUUUUCAUUUUUCAAGAAGACGUUCAUUUCCUAGACAUUUGUUGCUGUUAUGGCGUAUCCUCGGCAGCCUGCGCCUGGCUACGGCCAGCAGCCACAUGGCCAACCCGGCCAGCCUGCUUAUGGCCAACCCGCCUAUGGUCAGCCUGCUUAUGGUCAGCCUCCACCAGCAGCAGGCCCUCCGGGAAUGCCCCAUGGAGCAGAUCCAACAUUAUGGUCCUGGUUUAUUGCUGUGGAUACGGAUCGAUCCGGACAAUUGUCUGUGCAAGAACUUCAAUCUGCUCUCCACAAUGGAAAUUGGUCACAUUUCAACCCCGAGACAUGUCGCCUUCUGAUUAGUAUGUUUGAUCGCGACCACAGUGGCACAAUCAACUUCCAGGAGUUUGCGCAGCUGUGGGCAUACAUACAGCAGUGGAAGAACUCUUUUGACAUGUUUGAUCGCGACCGCUCGGGCAGCAUUGAUCAAGGCGAGCUGAUUAACGCUUUCAGCCAGAUGGGCUAUCGCCUCGGCCCGGAGUUUGCAAAGCUGGCUUGCCUGCGUUAUAGCCGUGAAUCACCCCAAUCCAUCAAGCUGGACGAUUUCAUCCAGUGCUGUGUGCAGCUCAAGGUCCUGACGGAUGUGUUCCGGCAGCGCGACACAAACACCAAUGGUGUCAUCACCAUUGACUAUGAGAACUUCUUGACAAUGGCAAUAUUGCACAUGCCAUGAGCGACGCCCGAUCCGGUCGCUGAGAAAAGCAUGCUGCCAAGUUGCGCGGGACACGUUGCCACCGACUCUCUCUCUCUCUCUCUCUCGCUCCUCGCGGAGGAUGAGGUAACUCUGCCCAUGGAUGCCCCCAUCCUUCCCUGCGUUGUCUUUGGCUUGCUUAAAGAUUGAAGUGACCCUGUUUCCUUUCUUUCUUUCUUGCGACAUAACACCGAUACUUGCAAUCAGUACCAUUGCACGAGAUGUGUAUGGGACUAUGGGCCAUGCUGUGCGUCUGCCUGUGCUAAAUGAUGCUGUGCGCAGUCUGCACAUCUACCUGCGUCUUUGUAUAGUGUUUCUUUUAGACUUGCUCGUGUUAUGGUUUCUCCCUCGGUGAUGCUGGGGUUGUAUUAGAUGCCCUACUUCGGGCUUUGCUUUAUGAAGAAUUUGUUUCUACGUUUGUGCAAUCAUAUUAUUUUGGUAUUAUUCAGCAUUUACUGUGCGAUAUGUCAUCUUUAGGCUUUAUUUUAGCUCCCAGCUAUUCUGCUGUCUGUAAUCCCUGUCUUGCUUUUACUAGUAGUCAAUUUUUUACAAUCCCGUGGAUAUUGAUAGUCCCCACAUGAACACGGACAUCUACUACUUUUAA